UGUUCUCAGGUUUGUCAUAGAUUUAAUGCUAUUACUAAAGAUGAUGCAUUAUGGAAAAUACAGGCCAUACGACAAUUUUUACUCAAAACAAAUGAUGUGUCUACUACAUGGAAGGAAACAUUUCAAGAUUAUUACAAGAAAUUCAAAGAUGAGUUAGAAGUUUAUCCUGCUAUACGUCAUGCUUGGAAUCAAAUGGAGAGCUAUAUCGAGAAAUAUAUGCCUAUGGAGUUUGAAUCUUUAAGAGGUCCAGUAUCAGAUGAAGAUUUACUAUAUGCAGAAAGAAAACUAAAAAGGCGUUUUCCUCCUGAUAUUAGAUGUUCUAUGAAAAUACAUAAUGGACAAACACCUGAACCAGGACCAGGAUUAUUUGGUUUAGCUAUGUUAUCAGAUUAUAUUAUAUCUGAAAAGUUAUUAGAUUGUAGAACUAUAAAGAUACAGUUUUUAUAUUUCAGAUUAUUUGGAUGUGUGAGAUUAACAGAGUGUUUUGCCUCAUCAACCUCAAGAUACCUAUCUUUAACAGAAAGUAGUGGUUAUCCUGAAAAUCAAAUAUUUUAUCCUUGUAAUGCUACCUCAGAUUUAACUAGAUGUGAUCAUUUUAUAAUAGGUUACUGUUACAGAUUAUAUAUUUACUGUUACUGUAGGAACUAUUUUAUUAUAGAUUUAAACAGGAUGAAGACUGAACUAUUUUAUUAUAGAUUUAAACAAGAUGAAGACUGUAUAGCUGUUACAGAUGAUAUAUUUACUGUUACUGUAGGAACGUAUUUUAUGGCACAAAUGAGUACUGUUAAUCCUCCAAUGUUCCUAUUUGCUUACAGAAUCAACAUGUCAAUGAAAAGUGAUGCCAGUUCAAGUAAAUCCUGUAAAUUAGAAACUAGACAUUGGAUUAUUACUGAUGAAGAAGGUUCUGAAGAAAGAGUUGAUGGUGCAGGUGUUAUAGGAGAAUACCCAGUCAUGGUACCUGGAAGGACUUAUUCUUGGACAAGCUGUACAAGUUUUAAAACAACUUAUGGCAAUAUGAAAGGAUAUUUUAUGAUGAGAGGUCUAGAAAAUGGCGACUCCAUCCGAAUUGAUUGCCCUUGCUUUCAUAUGAAGUGCCUACCAUAUGAAACAUAUGAACAAAGAAAAGAGAGACAGUUACGGCUGAAAAAGAAAUUAUGA